AUGCAACUACCUGCUUCGACAAACGGCGAUAUGCCCAAUGACUUACACGAAACGAAUAGCAGGCGUCACAGCGAUAUUGCAAAUUCCGCACCUAGCACGUCGACUGUAGAUCCAGAAUUGGAUAAUGAAUAUGUUAAGAUAACUGGGGAAACUAUAGGAAUUACAAAUCUAUCAGAUGCUUGUUUAUCACAACUUGCUACUCAUAUUACCUAUGUUUUAAAGGAAGUUGUAGAGCAAGCAAAAAAGUUUGCUGAACAUGGACGUCGUAAACGGCUUAUUGCUGACGAUUUUGAUUCUGCACUGGCUGUUAAAGGAAUUCCACCCUUAUUUGGUUUUUGUUCAAAAGAUGGUUUGCCUUUUCGUUAUGCGGGUUCAUUAGGUCGCGAUCUUUUUGUGACUGACGACCGGGAAAUUGAUCUUUCUCCAAUAGUCAAUGCUCCUCCAGCCAAAGUGCCUGUUGAAACGAGUCUAAAAGCUCAUUGGCUAGUCAUCGAUGGUGUACAGCCUGCAGUUCCUGAAAACCCCACUCCUGUAAUAGAAGAGGAAGCAUGCGUUUCAAAUGUAGGGGACGUUCCAGCAGCGGGAACUGCUGUUGGACCUAGCAUUUUUGGCCAAAGCGGUAGAGGGUUACGAAAGACUGAACAAGUCCAGAUUAAAACGAUUACAACUCAUGCACUUUCUGUGGAGCAGCAAAUAUUUUUCAAAGAGAUAACAGAAGCGAUUAUGGGGAAUGAUGAUGCGAGAAGGACGGAGGCCUUACAUAGCCUGCAAACAGAUGCUGGGCUGCAAGCACUGCUUCCGAGGUUUUCUUUAGCGAUUGCUGAGGGGGUUCGCUGUAAUAUCGUCCAACAUAAUCUUGCCAUUCUAAUAUACUUGAUGAGGAUGAUCCAAAGCUUGGUACAAAAUCCUGCUCUGUCAUUGGAUCGUUGCUUACACGAGUUACUCCCUUCUGUAAUGUCUUGUAUAUUGAGUAAACAGCUGUGCGCUCGACCAGAUACAGACAAUCACUGGGCAUUACGCGAAUUUUCCAGCCGGCUAUUGGCGACGAUUUGCAAAGCCUACAAUUUGAGUAACCUAAGGUCCCGGGUAACACAGGUCUUGACCAAAGUUUGGCAGGAUGAACAUGUCACCCUUGCGACUCUUUAUGGAUCUGUUUACGCUCUUAAUGAGCUUGGUGUUGACACUGUACGUGCAGUGGUUAUACCGCGCGCUGCUUUUCUUUACAAUGACAUACAGAAACCUUUGUCAGAUCGGACAAAUACCGCGGAACGUAUAGCAGCAGAAAAAUUGCAGAGCUUUAUUACGAAAGUACUGACAAACUACGUCCGCACCCAGCGGCCGCCAGGUCUCAGAGAUAUUAACGAUUACCGAACUACAUUUGGAGGGUUUGCGGAUGCUAUUUACAGGUUUCUGAAACAAACUAAUUAA